AUGCUCUCACGUGUUGCUGCAGCUGUCAAGACACCCCGCACACACAACCGUCGCCGCGUGACCGGAUCCAGCGGAAGGAGGAGGGGAGGAAGAGAGAGUGAGCCGCAGAGGCCCAACAUGUCCCGGCAUCUCUUCUGCUCUGCGGUGCUGCUCCUCCUUGUUGUGAUGAUGUGCUGCAACACUGGUGGUGCUGCGGAAGCUGCGGAGCAGUUAUCUGGUCCAAAUUAUAAAUGGAAGGACGUCAAGGAUGAGGAGGGUGUAACUGUGGAGUCGUUGGGUGCUCCCGGCCUUCUAAAAGUGGGGACUGACGUAUUUGCCGUUGCCGAGGCGCAGUGCAAAAAGAGUGAUGCAAACAUUUUCACUGGCAUUGCAUCGCAACUACUCACGAAAGAUAAUGCUGACAAACCAAUGGAAGUGUCAAAUGGAGCCAAAGAUAAGACAAAAGUUUUGGAGGAAGAGGGUUCCGAAGACCCAAAGAAGGAAGUGGAUGUGAGCCGACCAACAACGGUUGUGCAUGGAAAUGAUAUUUACAUGCUUGUUGGGAAAUACAGCCAGACAGCUGCUGGUGAGAAUAGCGGAGCAAAUGACUGGGGAUUAUUGCUGGUGAAAGGGGAAGUCAGUGCUGAAAGUAGUGGUGGCAAAAGAAUCAAAUGGAAAGAUAAUGGCGAUGUCUCGCGGAUUUCUGUUGGCGAACGACAAUCUUGGUCACGGCUGAUUGGCGGCGGUGGAUCGGGUAUUGAGACGAAAGACAGAACUCUCUUGUUCCCAGUGGAAGGCACGAAGAAGAGUGAAGCACAAAACGAUGAAAAGGUCGUUUCGCUGCUCAUAUACACCUUGAAGGACACUAAGAGUUGGAAGCUGUCGAAGGAGGUUCCUGACGGUGGCUGCAGUGAUCCCUCCGUCGUGGAGUGGGAGGACAAAAAACUCAUGAUGAUGACUGCGUGUGAUGAUGGCCGCCGCAGGGUGUACGAGUCCGGUGACAAGGGGGAGUCGUGGACGGAGGCACUCGGGACACUCUCGCGCGUGUGGGGCAACAAACGGGGCGAAGAAGUGAAGGCCGUUAGAAGCGGGUUCAUCACGGCGACGAUUGACGGUGUUGAAGAUAACAGAAAUGUGAUGCUUGUCACUCUGCCGGUAUAUUCCGAGGAGGACAGUAAAAAAGGCAAUGGAAAGGGUGAACUCCAUCUUUGGCUGACGGACAACACGCACAUUGUUGAUAUUGGGUCGGUAUCCGGUGAUGAUGACGUUGCCGCCAGCUCCCUGUUGUACAAAAGUGCUGGAAGUGGAGAUAAGAAGGAUGAGCUUAUUGUACUUUACGAGAAGAAGAAGGGUGGUGAAGGAAAACCUUCACACAGUCUUUGGUCUGUGGUCCUGACUGAGCAGCUGCAGCGGGUGAAGGAGGUGCUGGCGACGUGGAAGACAGUGGACGACAUUGUCUCCAAGCUGUGCUCUUCUGAAAGUGCUGUGGAGAGUAUCUCACCUGACAAUGCCUGCAGUCCUACUGUUAAGAUCACGGAUGGGCUGGUUGGCUUUUUGUCCGGCAACUUCUCUGGUAACACAUGGAGGGACGAGUACCUCGGGGUGAACGCCACAGUAAAGAAGAAAGAUGGGGCAACAUUGCAUGGAGGGGAGACAGGGGCAACAAAGACUUCCGAUGGUGUGAUGUUCCGGGGAACGUGGGCGGAGUGGCCCGUUGGCAGUCAGGGGGAGAAUCAGCUGUACCACUUUGCGAACUACAACUUCACUCUUGUGGCGACGGUGUCCAUCGACGGUGUGCCGGAGGAGGGAGAUACCCACAUUCCUUUGAUGGGUGCGCGUCUGGACGGUGAAGGAGAAAAAAAAAUUUUUGAACUUUCGUACAACAAAGAAAAGAAGUGGCAGGUGCUGUGCAGUGACGAAACCCCCAAGCAUCAAAGCCGCGAUUGGGAGGCGAAAAAACAACACGUGAUAAUUUUGCUACGAAAUGGCAACCAAGGCUCCGCGUACGUCGAUGGUCAGCCUGUAUCGGGAGAUGCACAAUGUGAUUUGAAAAAUACGAAAGAUAAAAAGAUCUCCCACUUCUACAUUGGAGGGGAUGGAGGUGCAAAAGCCGACUCAGAGGUCCAAGACGUGUCUGUGACCGUGACGAACGUCCUGCUGUACAACCGCCCGUUGAAUGACGAUGAGAUUAGUGCGCUUAACGCAAAACUUUCUAUUUCAAAAGCAAAAGAUACAAAAACAGUGAAGAAGGGUACUCCUCCACCAGAGGCAAUUAAACCAGCUACGCUGGAAACCGGAACUCCGUCUAGUCUUGGCGGGCAACAGCAGACUGAACAGGAACUGUUAAGGAAAAGUGAAAAUGCGGGGAGUGGCGGUUUAUCCACGUCAGCGGCAUCUACUGCCACGACUUUCCCAGCAGCCAAAGAAUCCGAUAACCAGUCAGCGUCGGGAACACCUCCCGAAGGACAUUCAAAUGUGGAUGUUGAUUCUUCGUCCGAGGGAGUUCAAACGGUGUACGCCGAAACUGGAGACACGGUGCAGGGAGAUGGAACACAACAACCGUCAGUGGGCACUCCCGCCACAGCAGAUACAAAUGCCCCUACCGCUGAAAUCAUGGCGCACGAUGGAGCCGCAGUGACACCUGAGGUUGGUGCGCACUCUGUUGAGAAUGGGGAGACGGUGGGAGGGACGGAUGAGCAGAAACGGGAGGACAUCCAUGCACAGGACGGCGAAGUAAAGGCUGCGGCACUCAGCAGCAGCCUUGGAAAUGUGUCGCAGGGGAAUAACAGCGAUGCCGGCACUGUGAGUGGGAGCGGAGUGCUGCCAUCGCUGCUUCUUCUGUUGGGACUGUGGGUGUUUGCGGCUCUGUGA